AUGAGGGCAGAGAUUGAACAAGAGUUGUCUCACACUUUGUUGACGGAGCUUUUAGCUUACCAGUUUGCUUCACCCGUCAAAUGGAUCGAAACUCAAGAUGUGUUUUUAAAGCAGCACAACACCGAAAGAGUCAUUGAGAUAGGGCCUUCGCCAACAUUGGCCGGAAUGGCCUCGAGAACAAUCAAGGCUAAAUAUCAGUCCUAUGAUGCUGCCUUGUCUUUGCAACGUCAGGUUUUGUGCUAUUCGAAAGAUGCAAAGGAAAUUUACUACAAGCCAGACCCAGCUGAACUCGUGGAGACCAAGCAAGAACCAAUUGAGGCGAAAGCAGCUCCUGCAACUCCUGCAGCAGCAGCGGCCGCAGCUCCCGUUGCUGCACCAGCUCAAGCUCAGGCUCAGGCUCAGGCUCAGGGUCCAGCUGCAGCAAUAGCAGACGAGCCCGUGAAGGCCUCACUUGUGUUGCACGUCUUGGUUGCCCAAAAAUUGAAAAAGCCCUUGGAUGCCGUGCCAAUGUCAAAAGCCGUCAAGGACUUGGUCAACGGUAAAUCAACCGUUCAGAAUGAAAUCUUGGGUGACUUGGGCAAGGAGUUUGGUGCGGUGCCUGAAAAGCCCGAAGAGACCCCAUUGCAAGAAUUGGCCGAACAGUUCCAGGAUAACUUUUCGGGACAGCUCGGUAAAACGUCAACAACGUUGAUUGGCAGAUUUAUGUCGUCGAAAAUGCCCGGUGGGUUCUCCAUGACUGCUGCGAGAAAGUACUUGGAGACCAGAUUUGGCUUGGGCCCGGGCAGACAGGACUCUAUCUUGCUUACGGCAUUGUGCAAUGAGCCAGCCGCUAGAUUCGCUUCCGAAGCAGAAGCUAAAGCUUUCUUGGACACUAUUGCUCAAAAAUACGCUGCGCUGGCUGGCAUUUCGUUGGCUUCGGCAUCUUCAGGUGGGUCAGGUGCAAACGGAGGCGGCGCCGUCAUUGAUAGUGCCGCCUUGGACGCCUUAAAGUCCGAGAACCAAAAUUUGGCCAGACAGCAGUUGGAAGUUUUGGCAAGGUAUCUUCAAGUCGACCUCAAGAGCGGAGCCAAGAGUUUUGUCAAGGAAAAAGAAGCCACUGCCGUGUUACAAAAGGAAUUGGACUUGUGGUCGGCUGAACAUGGUGAGUUCUACGCUAGCGGCAUAAAGCCAGCAUUCUCCCAUUUGAAAUCAAGAACUUAUGACUCUUAUUGGAAUUGGGCAAGACAGGAUGUCAUUUCCAUGUGGUUUGAUAUCAUCUUUGGCAAAUUAAACUCCAUCGAUAGGGAGACAAUCAACCAAUGUAUUCAAAUCAUGAACAGAGCCAACCCGACUUUGAUCAAGUUUAUGAAGUAUCAUAUCGACCUCUGCCCGGAAUACAGAGGCGAGACGUACCGGUUGGCAAAGAAAUUGGGUGAGCAGUUGAUGGAAAACUGUAAACAAGUGCUUGGCGAGGAUCCAGUUUACAAAGACGUGAGCAGGAUCACUGGACCUAAAACCAUUGUUGGUGCAAAAGGUGAGAUUGUUUAUGAAGAGGCCACCCUUGAUACUGUGAGGAAAUUUGAGCAAUACGUUUACGAAAUGGCACAAGGAGGAGAAAUGACCAAGAUUCAACAACCAACAAUCCAGGAGGACUUGGCUAGAGUGUACAAGGCCAUCUCCAAGCAAGCUUCUAGAGAAAGCAAGUUGGAGAUCCAAAAAGUGUACGAUCAGUUGUUGAAAGUAGUGGCAUCAUCAAGCGAGAUUGAAACCCGCCAAGCCACCAAGGACGCUUUGGCCUUGGCCACUGGUUCAAACACUCCCACGGAAGAGGAUGAAUUAUCAACUGCUUCAGACGACGAUGAGAUUGCCUCGCUUCCAGACAGAACCUCGAUUAUCCAACCGGUGUCGUCCACCAUUCCAUCGCAAGUCAUUCCAUUUUUGCACAUUCAAAGCAAAAGACAAUCGCGCGACUGGGAAUACGACCGUAAAUUAUCUGCGGUUUACCUCGAUGGUUUGGAAUCGGCAGCAAUCAACGGUUUAACAUUCAAAAACAAACACGUGUUGGUCACUGGUGCUGGUGCCGGCUCCAUCGGGGCCGAGGUUUUGCAAGGCUUGAUCAGCGGUGGGGCAAAAGUUGUAGUGACAACUUCGCGAUUCUCCAAAAAAGUCACCGAGUUUUACCAAAAUAUGUAUGCGAGAUAUGGUGCUGCAGGCUCUACCUUGAUUGUUGUCCCUUUCAACCAGGGCUCGAAGCAGGAUGUCGAAGCUUUAGCUGAUUACAUCUACAAUGACCCCAAAAAGAAUGGUCUUGGCUGGGACUUGGACACAAUCAUUCCAUUUGCUGCCAUCCCCGAGAAUGGAAACGGCAUCGACAAUAUCGAUUCGAAAUCCGAGUUUGCCCACAGAAUGAUGAUGACUAAUCUCAUGAGACUUCUUGGAGCUAUCAAGGCAAAGAAAAAGACUGAUACCAGGCCUGCCCAAUGUAUCCUUCCAUUAUCUCCCAAUCAUGGUACGUUUGGUUUUGAUGGGUUGUACUCGGAGUCGAAAAUCUCGUUGGAGACGUUGUUCAACAGAUGGUACUCGGAAGAUUGGGCUACCAAAUUGACCAUUUGUGGAACCAUCAUUGGAUGGACCAGAGGAACCGGGUUGAUGAGCGCCAACAACAUCAUUGCAGAAGGCAUUGAAAAGUUGGGCGUCAGAACUUUUUCGCAAAAGGAAAUGGCAUUUAACAUCUUGGGCUUGAUGACUCCAGAUAUUGUGAAGUUGUGCCAAGAAGAGCCCAUAAUGGCCGAUUUGAACGGUGGUUUGCAAUUCAUUGAGAACUUAAAGGAGUUUACUUCGAAAUUGAGAAAAGACCUCACCGAGAAUGCCGAUAUCAAGAGAGCCGUUUCCAUUGAAAAUGGAAUAGAACAAAAAGUGGUCAAUGGGGACAAUGUUGAUGCAGUUUACAAUAAAGUUACUGUGCAGCCAAGAGCCAACAUGAAAUUCGAUUUCCCAACUUUGAAACCAUACAAUGAAAUCAAAACCAUUGCACCUGAUUUAGAGGGAAUGUUGGAUUUGGAAAACAUUAUUGUUGUUACUGGGUUUGCUGAAGUUGGUCCAUGGGGUAGUGCCAGAACAAGAUGGGAGAUGGAGUCAAAGGGUGAGUUUUCACUUGAAGGUGCCAUUGAAAUGGCCUGGAUUAUGGGAUUGAUCAAAUACCACAACGGGGCACUCAAGGGCAAGCAAUACUCUGGAUGGAUUGAUGCCAAAACGCAAACACCCGUUGAUGAUAAAGACGUCAAGGCAAAAUACGAGGCCCAAAUUUUGGACCACUCUGGUAUCAGGCUCAUUGAACCCGAAUUGUUCCAUGGCUACGACCCAAACAGAAAGCAAAUGAUCCAGGAAGUCGUCAUUCAGCACGAUUUGGAACCAUUUGAAUGUUCAAAGGAAAAUGCAGAGCAAUACAAGCAUGAGCACGGCGAAAACUGUGAAAUCUUUGAAAUCGAGGGCGGCGAGUACACCGUUAAGAUUUUGAAAGGUGCCAAGUUGUUCAUACCAAAAGCCUUGAGAUUCGACAGAUUGGUUGCUGGUCAGAUCCCCACUGGUUGGGAUGCAAGAACAUAUGGUAUCCCCGAGGAUACCAUCAACCAAGUCGAUCCAAUCACGUUGUAUGUCUUGGUUACAACCGCCGAGGCUUUGCUUUCAGCUGGUAUAACGGACCCCUAUGAGUUCUACAAGUACGUGCAUGUCUCCGAAGUUGGUAACUGUUCAGGUUCAGGUAUGGGAGGAGUCAGUGCUUUGCGCGGUAUGUUCAAAGACAGAUACGCCGAUAGACCUGUUCAAAAUGAUAUUCUUCAGGAGUCGUUUAUCAACACCAUGGGUGCCUGGGUCAACAUGUUGUUAUUGUCCUCGUCGGGUCCUAUAAAGACACCCGUUGGUGCAUGUGCCACCGCCGUGGAGUCGAUCGACAUCGGUGUCGAAACCAUUCUUUCAGGAAAAGCCAAGGUUGUCUUGGUUGGAGGUUAUGACGAUUUCCAAGAAGAAGGCUCGUACGAGUUUGCCAAUAUGAAUGCCACAUCCAACUCCAUCGAAGAGUUUAAGAGAGGCAGAACCCCACAGGAGAUGUCGAGACCAACCACCACCACCAGAAACGGGUUUAUGGAAGCGCAAGGUUCCGGUAUCCAAGUGAUUAUGACCGCUGACUUGGCUCUUAGAAUGGGUGUUCCAAUCCACGCCGUGUUGGCCAUGACCGCCACUGCAACCGACAAGAUUGGCAGAUCGGUUCCUGCACCAGGUAAAGGAAUUUUGACUACAGCCAGAGAGCAUCACGGUGAUUUGAAAUACCCCAACCCAUCUUUGAGCAUAAAGUACAGAAAAAGACAAUUGAACAAGAGAUUGGACCAAAUCAAGCUUUGGCAAGAGUCCGAGUUGGCGUUGUUGAGAGACGAAGCAGAGUUGGUCAAGGAAGAAUAUGGCGACGAGUUUUCCGAGGCUGACUUUUUGAGUGAACGGUACGAGUCGAUUCAUCGCGAAACCAAGAAGCAAAUCUGUGACGCCAAGAAGCAAUGGGGUAACGCCUUUUUCAAGUCCGACCCUCGUAUCGCACCCUUGAGAGGUUCAUUGGCCGUGUUUGGUUUGACCAUUGAUGAUAUCGGGGUAGCAUCUUUCCACGGUACUUCCACCGUUGCCAAUGACAAGAAUGAAUCUGCCACUAUUAAUAGCAUGAUGAAACAUUUGGGAAGAUCCGAGGGUAACCCCGUGUUUGGUGUUUUCCAAAAGUACUUGACUGGACAUCCAAAAGGUGCAGCUGGUGCAUGGAUGUUGA